AUGUCUCCCUCAGAGGACUCCCACCUGGAGGUGGUGCUCCAGAGGGUCAGUGUGGUCCUCUACAUUCUGACUGUGAUUCUGGGAAUCUGUGGAAAUGCUGUGGUGAUCUACCUCGCGGCGUUCAAAAUCCAGACCAAAGUCACACACGUGUUCCUGGUGAACCUGGCAGUGACAGAUCUCAUUUUCUGCUUCAGUCGGAUCUUGUCCAUUGUGUACAAGCUCCGCUCCAACGACUGGCCCUUCGGAACCUUCCUCUGCAAACUCAACGGCUUCAUCAAAUAUACCAACAUGUUCUGCUCUGUGUUCCUGCUGGCUGUGAUCAGUCUGGACCGCGCCCUCUGUGUGUUGAGACCCUUUCUUAUCAAAACCAAACGCACCCUCAGAGUGGUUCGAGUGGUCGCCCUGUGUGUGUGGACGCUUGCUGUCGCGCAGAGCAUUCCCUUCUACAUCCAUCGCCAUCUUCACCUGGACAAGAACAACAGAACCCUCUGCAGCGUUUCAAAAGACAAAGAGAAGGACAGAAAAUUACAUCUAUACCUUCUUCGGUUUGUGUGCGGCUUCCUGUUGCCUUUUUUGGUCAUCCUUGGGGGGGGUCUGGGAAAAGGCCCCAAAGCAAGUCUGCUCAGAAUCUACAGACGAGCCAUGGCGAAAACCUCACAGACGAGAUAG